GAAAAGUGUAAUAACGCAAGUAAGCCAGUAGUGAUAGUUGUACCAGGCUUGACGCCUAUACGAUGGGGUGCAAUACGAGCCAGGAACAAUUGCAAGGCGACCCCAGUGUCAUUGAGAACAAGGAAAACAAAGAGAAUCAAGCCAAUGGUGAGAAAACUGAAUCGGACGAUAAUCAAAAUGUGACUAAUCGAGAAAAAGCCGAACAAUAUAACGCAAUUAACGCGACCCCUGUUGAUAAUGUAGAUAAGAUAAAACUUUGUGAUAGUAUAAUAGACGAAUUCAACAAUGACACUGUUGAUGAGAAGGAAGCAGAGGAUGAGAAGUGGAGACAGGAUAGUAUUCGGAUAAAGGAACAAAUGCAAGUCAGCAAAGAACUCGAUGAAGAAGAAAGGGCAGCAACCAAAAUCCAGGCAACCUUCCGUGGUCAUAGGGUACGAGCUAGUAUGAAACAGGGUGAUAAAUCGUCAUCAUCAUCAACAGCGACGUCAACAAUGGACAAGAAGUGUGACGCCAAGAAAAAUGAUGCUGCUUCGUCCGCUGCCAGUGCUAAGAGCCAUGUGCACGAGGAGGAGGAACAGACUAAGGAGCAAUUAGAGGCGGAAUUCGACCCAAAUGACAAAGAAUUAUGUGAUGCUGCCACUCGAAUUCAGUCAGCCUUUCGGGGUCAUUUGCAACGUAAGCUCCAAACUUCUGACAUCAAAGACGAUAAAGAUCUCGAGGAGAUAACGAAGAAGGUUGCGGAGGAGCUAGACAUAGAUCUUACAGAUCCUGAACUUAAUAAAGCUGCAACAAAAAUCCAAGCUUCGUUCCGAGGAUAUAAGACACGUAAACACGAUGAAUAAAUUUAAAAAAAAAAAAAUUUGUUGAUGCGUAAAGCAUGAAGCGUACCAAAUUCUGCAAGUCAUCCACUCUACAGUCAGAAACUUAGUAAAAUCCCAAGAAAAAAAAACAGAAAUUCUAGCAGAAUAAUGAGAGCAAUUAGAUGGAAAUUGGAGAAAAUGCCAUAUGAAAAUGAAAUUUAAAAAAUUCAAAUAGAGCGUAAAAAUAGGUCAAUAAUUAUACCCUGAAAACACACACAGAAAUACAUGCACACACACAUACUUUAAUAUGCAGCCUUUAACUUUUCGAGUAAGUACGAAGGACUACUUAGAAGCGGAAGAAAGUCAAUACAAAAUCUACAGAAUGGAUAGCAUUUGUUAAAUCGAUUAAGGGGGGAGGAGUUUAUUAAAAUCAUUUUGAAAGAAAAACUAUGGAACUAUGGAAUUCUAUUGCAUUCUAUUUACUUCUGAACGUUUUAGAUUUAAAUAACUAUUGUUAUCUCACACGUGUCUGCAGUAUCCUUUUUUAAUAUUAUAUUUACAAAUUUGCCAUAUUUACGGAAUUGAAAAAAAAAACAAAACAAAACCAAAGAAACAAACAAACAAGGGAGAAGAAAAAAAUAAAAAUGUUUUUGUAUUUUGCAUUUUCCUUUAUUAUCUCAAUUUUCCAACAUACGAUUCCGUAAUGGUGGACAAGUCGUCACUGAUUAGAAUGUUGCAAAGUAAAAAUCGUUGUUUUUCGUUAAGAUUAAUCAACUUAAAUUGAAUAAUUGAAUAUCAUAUGUAUACGUUGGAAUUUAGUGAUUAGAGCAAUAAUUUCGUUUAAUAGUGUAAUGUUUCGAUUCGUUGGUUCGUUGUUAAACGCCGUAAAGCGGAGCAUCCUUUUCUUGCGUUCUAGUUUUAGACCGUGCCACAGUUACAGUAUUCGUUUUCCUUCCUUAGAUUAAAGUAUAUUUGCUUUGUCCAGAAUCAAAAUUUAAUUAUGUAAAUUAGCUGUAGGAAGCUGAAAAUCGUAAUUGAUCAAAACAGAAUAAACACAAAAUAUUGUUUUU